AUGCGUCUCCUGACACUAUGUACUCUGCUUCCUAGCAUCCUUGCUCUUCCAUCUCAAACCCUCGACUUUUCAAGAUACGACCUUGCGCCACGUGCCGAUUCGUCCCUCACAAACUACCUUGGCGUAUUUUUCCUCGGCGACAAACCCUCCGUCUACUUCUACCUUUCUAAUGGCAACAACGCCAACUCCAUGACCGCCUUGAACAAGGGUCAAGCUGUCAUAAACCCCACCAAGGGUACCCUGGGCGUCCGUGACCCGGCUAUCAUAUCCGGUGGAGCAGCUGAAGCUGGCAAGAAGUGGUACAUCAUUGGCACAGAUCUGAACAUCGGCAAGACAACAUGGGAUGCAUCUCAACGUACCGGCUCUCGCGGAAUCUUCGUCUGGGAGUCUACCGACCUUGUAACAUGGACCAACGAACGUCUCGUCACUGUCGAAGACUCCACAGCUGGUAUGGUAUGGGCACCUAGUGCUAUCUGGGACCAAGCCAAAGGCCAAUACUUCGUUCACUGGGCUAGCAAAUUUUAUCCCACUUCCGACCCGCAACAUACAGGUGCGCCUUCAUCGAUUCGAAUUCGCUACGCAUACACCAAAGACUUCAAGACCUUUAGUGCGCCCCAGGACUACAUCAACCGAUCACCUACCAAUAUCAUUGACCAGGAGUUUCUCGCCCUAGGAAACAACGCAUACGCGCGCUUUUUGAAAGAUGAAAGUGCAAAGACCGUUUUCACUGAGAUCUCCACCAAUGGACUGUUUGGUACUUGGUCUAGGCCUGCAGGUGCCAACGCUAUCAUCGCGUCGGGUGUAGAGGGUCCAGCGCCUUACUGGGAUAAUCAAGUUGCUGGCAAGGCACACCUGUUGCUCGACUUCUACGGAGCAGAUGGAUAUAGACCUUACGAGAGUACUGACGUAAGGGGUGGGAAAUGGACGGCGAGUGACCGAAGUGCCUGGCCUCAGAACCUAAGGCACGGGAGUGUGCUGGGCGUGAACGCGACGCAGGUUCAGGCAUUGCAGAAGAAGUGGGGUGCCUAA